AAUUGAAACACAGCCCUUGAAGUCAGCUGACAGUAGGAGCGCAUGACAAACAAAACCACUCAUAUGACUGUUCUGCUGCAACUGCUUUUUAGCGCCAGAAUAUCUACUUCAGCAGGUUACAAUUAGAGAAUAAGGCAAGCGAUAAGCUUCUGUAUCGCCAGACUUAAAACUUUAGCUAUUAAUCUGUGUGGGCUGCAGAAACCUCGCUUCCGGAAAAAGGGGGAUUUCUGUGAAUUUCUCCGUCGGAUUCGGUAUGCAGCACACAGUGGUUAGUUUAUUGCUGGCAUUCUCCACAGUCACCCAGGCUCUGGACAAUGGGUUGAUGAGGACCCCACCCAUGGGCUGGCUGGCAUGGGAACGAUUCCGCUGUGACAUUGACUGUGAAAAUGAUCCUCAAAACUGCAUUAGUGAGGUGCUGUUCAGGGACAUGGCAGACCGACUGGCUGAGGAUGGCUGGAGGGAGCUCGGUUAUGUCUAUAUUAACAUCGAUGACUGCUGGGCAUCAAAGAACAGAGAUGCACAAGGACGACUUCAAGCAGAUCCAAUGAGGUUCCCAGGUGGCAUUGCCAAACUGGCACGCUAUGCACAUGACCGUGGGCUGAAGCUAGGCAUUUAUGGUGAUUUGGGAAGCUACACCUGUGCAGGAUUCCCCGGCACAACCCUGGAUAAAAUUGAGAUUGAUGCUCAGACCUUUGCUGAAUGGGAAGUUGACAUGCUUAAACUUGAUGGCUGCUACUCCAAUGCCACUGACCAGGAGCAGGGCUACCCACUUAUGUCAAAAGCCCUUAAUGCCACCGGCCGGCCGAUAGGCUAUUCCUGCAGUUGGCCUGCCUACCAGGGUGGUCUUCCUCCUAAAAUAAAUUACACUCUGCUUGGUGAGAUCUGUAACCUGUGGCGUAAUUACGGUGAUAUUGAGGACUCGUGGGACAGCAUCCUGAACAUUGUGAACUGGUUUACAGAACACCAGGAUAUCCUGCAGCCUGCUGCUGGACCAGGACACUGGAAUGACCCUGACAUGCUGGUCAUAGGAAAUUUUGGCCUCAGCAUGGAGCAGUCUCGUUCUCAGAUGGCAUUGUGGGCAAUAAUGGCAGCUCCUCUUUUCAUGUCGAAUGACCUGCGGACUUUAAACAGCGGUGCACGUGCUAUACUGCAGAACAAAGCUGCCAUUGCCAUCAACCAGGACCCGUUAGGCAUCCAAGGAAGACGCCUGAUAAAGGAGAGCAGUGGUAUAGAAGUGUUCUGGCGUCCUCUGUCUAAUAAAGCAAGUGCUUUGGUGUUCUUCAGCAGAAGAACAGAUAUGCCAUACCGCUAUCAGACAUCUCUAAAGGCGCUCAACUACACAACUGGAAGCUUUAAGAUAUAUGAUGUGUUCAUGGAGAAGACCAUGCCUACACUGAAGGACAACGCAGAGUUUGUUGUCUCCAUCAAUCCCUCAGGAGUGGUCAUGUGGUAUGUUGCUCCAUCAGCUAACUGGCAGGAACAGACCAAAUUCUAUCAAGCAAAUGGCAAAACAGAUUCUUUCAUUCUGUAAAUAGUCUUCUUUAUUAUUCAAACAAGGAAUCACCAGCAUGAACAUUUUAUUAUUUUUCGCAGUGUAAAAGACAAAAUGAUUAUUUGAAUAUAAAAUAAUUCUUGUCUGCAUUUCUGUGAUAAAUUAAGUGGGAUCACUGGAAAAACACCAGACUUGUGUAACAGACAUUGACAGGGCUGUGUUUUGUUAUGGAAAGGAUGCAGUAAACAGAAACUGGCCUUUAUUCAGUAGCCCUUGCUGACCAGGAUAAAGAAAAUGGAUAAACUAACUUCUUUAUCCUGGUCAGGGUCUCAGUGGAUCUCAGGAACACUGCACAAGGCAAGGAUACACUCUGGAUGCCUGUUCUAGUAAAGUCCAUCCCAGUUAGUUUAUUAUGCCAGAUGAUGUUGUUGUUGUUUUUUUUUAAUGUCAGCCAUAUAUGAAUCAGCUUAGAUGGAUGAUACAAAAUUAUUUGUUUCAUAAUCAAUAACCAUCAACCAAAUACACAUUUUUUUUUAUUAAACUCUAAAGAGUACUCUGCAUGCUCAGGAUAUAGUUGUUUGUAAGGGCAACUUUUGGCAUUAUGCUGAAUAGAGUUCUCAGUAAAUCACAACGCUGCUGCUCCUCUGGAUGUUGGCGCAUUUAAUUAUCUUUCACUUAAUGCUCAGGGACAAUCAACACUUCUGAAGUGAUAAUCUAUACUGAAGUGGAUUUGAAUAUUGUGAUUUGACUUGUUUGUUUUUUAUGGAAUUAAAUUUAAAGCUAUGCUUGUUUGGACAUGUGGUAGAAUACCUUACUGAAUCGUUUCCUCAGUGACCAAGUCACUGAUGUAUUUUGAUUAACUGUUCUAAUAUCCUAGUACUAGUUAUGUAAAUCAGUUUCUUUACAAAUGAUCAUUUUAUGUUUACAAUUAAAAGUAUAAUCUUCUCACA